AGGUGGUUGCUAAGGACGCUAAAAAGGAAAAUGUAUGUAAUUAAUGCCGAGAAGAUUGAAAAUAAUAUUACUAAUCCUAUCUGUUGGGAAAUACCAAAGGAAUUGUCGUAGAGUUCAUUUAAGAAACAAUGUUCGUAUUGUAUGUUCAUCCUGCUGAUGUGGAUCCAGGUCCGCACGGGAAGCGGGCGAGCGACGGACUCCAGGCCGGUCCAGAGCGUGCGAGGUGUGCCCGAUACUCGGGUGUCGCCGGCAACUGGACACCCUGUAUCACGUGGCACAAAGGCCGGGCCACGUCAGUGGUUGCGAGGACGGUGCUAACUGACCUCGCGCUGGUCGACGAGGAAGGCAGGGCCCUGAAGACGAAGCAAGUUCACCAAGAGUUGUUCUGUGACGUCUCGGGGAGGAGGCGGCGAGUCGCUGUGGGCUCGCUCCGCGCGGCCGCGAAGACACGCGACCUCGCCGUGAGACACCGGCGAGCGGCGCCGGCGAUGCGACUGGCCCGAUCACCUCCGACCUUUCCCGACCAGCUCCGAGUCCCCCUGCAGCUCACGACACACCGACUCCGCGCCAACACUGCCAUUUCAUUUUUCCGUGAACGGCAAAGCCAGCUGCUCCCCGGAGGCCAAUGGGAGAACUGGCCAAUGGGAGGAGAGCUCUCAGCCUCGCCUCGCCAGCGACCCCCCGGGGCGGUGUUUGCGCGAGGUGUGGACGCCAUACGGUCGAGGCGCGGGUCCACACAGCAUCCCGCCGCCGGGUUGUCCUCUCCGGCCCUCUUCACCGCCGCCAUCAGCACAGGGUGGACUGGCGUGCCGCGCUAUACUGUUGGCGGUCCCGCGUGAUCUUGAGCCGGCGACGAUAUCUGCAAGGUCGACCUGCAAGCCUUCACCGAGCGCAUCUUCACCUCUACGGCUGGCAGGGAUGAAAACUGCAGCUCUUGCGCGGAGGCUGUUUAAGGCAAUGUGAGACUGAAGAGUCUUGGCACGCAUUUGCUUUGCGAGAGAGUACACAAGGUUAGUGCCAUUUCAGAUUCCAUAGCUAAUGUUUGCUUUUCCCAACGCGGUGCUUUAAAAACGUUAAGAACACACGCCAUUUACCCUUCCCAGAAGAACGUUUUCUAUGCUUAUACAAAAAGCAUUUUGUAAUGAUGCAGGAAAGAUAUUGUAAAUUUGUCCAACACAUGCCUAUGAUUAUUUUUGCAUACAUGAAAUAUGUUUUUUGAGAUAAUACUGAGUAUUUAUUACGAAAAUUUUCGCAUAAUUUUAUAUUUUUAUUUUAAACCCACGGAAAAAAAAUAUUGAAUAUUCUAAAUUGGACUUUAUUUUGUUUUAUAAUGCUUAUUAUUGUGCGCAGUUAUUACUGAAAAGCUAUUUAGGGAAAGGUAUGCAAGUAAUGUUAACUAAUGAAGGUAUUGGGACAAUCCAAACCAUCCGAAGCCAUUAUUACUGCUAAAACUAUUUGUAGUGAUAUACAUUUUUUUUUCAUGUAACUGCACAAAUUUUCACAUAUCUGUAAUUUUACAUAAAUAUUUAUGGUCCAUUUACAAACAAAAAGUGUUUGGACGCUUACCUCUAGCAAGGUUGUUAUCAUUAAAUUAUUAUUCGAGUCUAGCUGUCCAAGCUCUUGAACCACGUGAUAUUGUUCUAUGCUACAUUAUUCAAGCUAUUGGAGCACCUCACUCGGCAAACGAUUGGGAUAGGAUUUUAAAGAUGGCAAUCCUGGCUCAACGUAGCAUUUAGAAAUCUUAUGAACACCAAUUUUUAUGUAAAUAAUUAUUUAACAACCCUUAGUGGCACACUUUUCCUCUUGUUCUAAAUAAAAAACAAACAAGCAUAUUAUAUCGCAAUAAUCUCUGCUUUAGUUAGAAAAUUUCAAAGGUUAUUAACGUGCAGACUCGUAAGCACAUUUCGGUGUUGAGAUAUCGAAUUUUCACGCCACUGUUUUCGAUUUAUUACUAUUGUUAGCGGUUUAUUUUACAAAAAAAAAA